AUGCCUCUACUUGAAGCCGAGCAGACCCAAGGAGUGGCUUGCGAGCUGCAAAACUCCUCUACAGCAAGCGCAGCAGUUGCGGCUAAGGACCGCGAGUUUCCUCGAGGGGCCUGGUUGAAGACAAUGGAACUAGCUAGUUUCGCCAUACAAGAUGCUCAAGGUUCCAACACUUCCAUACCACAUGCAUGGAACAGUUCAUCCUGUAGCGAAACACCUUCGCUGUUACCAGUAUCGAACGCAGAGGACACUCAAGCAAAUCAGGGACUUCUAAGGGAAGCCUCACUGGCUGCCCUCGACGAUGACGCUUCAUGGACUUCUAUAGGCGGGAUGCAUCCACCAAGUGAUGAUUCUUUGGACUUCUCGUCUCUACAGGAGGCUCGUUGCCAAGUAAACAAGCCACGGUGUUUCGAACAUGGCUGUGGAGGUCGAACCUUUUCAAGCCCGGAAAACUACAGGUGUCACACCAGAGAGAAAACCGGUCUUCCAGAGGUUAUCUGCAUGUUCUGCCUCACUCCCUUCAUUCCGAAAAGCAACCGAGACAAUCACAUCUUGACUGGCAGGCGCACGGCGCAGAGCCGGUAUCACAUAUAA